UACAUGCGAUCGGUUCUUUCUCAACAUCGUAAUCCUUACCAAAAUACGAGCCUCCCUCCCUCCCCGUGUUCUGAAUAAAAACCAAAACCAACCAUAAGGAACUUUCUGUAAAAAAAAAAAAAACUUUGGAGCCCUAAAGAGGAUUUCUGACUUGCUUGGUCUCGUCGUCUCGCGUUGUGCGAUGUCAAUGGUGAAAGAACCGUCCCAACAGCAGCGAGUCAGCAAAGACCCGUGCCCACCGCCUCCCACUGAGACUCAUCCCAACAGCAGAAAGCGCCCCCUCGACUCUUCCUCCUCCGCCGCCACCACGACCAACUCCAACAAUGUCUCCCGGAUUCGGAGCUCCAACAACUACUUCAAGAUGCGGUCUUUGCUCAAAGACCUCCGCCCCCAUUUCAUUGAGGUGCUUCGGACCCCGGACUUUCGGAAUUGCAAGGCAGCUCAAGAAAUUAGAGAAAAGUUGAAGCUUCUUAUGGACCUUUACAUGCUGAUGAUCAAGGAACCUUCCUCGACCGCAAAGCUUAAUAAUUCGCCACAGCAGGUAGCUCCAGGACAGCAUCCAUCAAACCAUCCUGCUGCAAAUUUGUCAGAGACUAAGCCGAUCGAGAGGCAGCACCAGCCCGAAAUAGAUUCUCGGGGAACUUAUAUUAUUGGCGGGUCAGGUUCUGGGUGGAACUUCAUCACAUUUCCAGGCCAGAAACCUGUAUACUGUGGCAUGACAAAGGAAUCAUUUCGAGCCGCCCAAGUGAAAUUACAAGGACGCUGAACUUAAAGGACGAGGCAGAUCGAUUUUGUUUGUUUCGGGGUCUGCAGUACGCAAAAUUUUUUUUCCCCCUUUUCUUUUUAAACUUUGAUGCUGUACACGAUUUUUGACCUCUUUAUAAAAUGAAUCUCAGCAAUCCGUUGGUUCAAGUGUGUAA